CCGAGGAGCUCGCAGUAUGUGGUCAUGUGACAGGAGGAGUGCAGAGUUUACUUUAAACCAGUCAUUUUACACCGUGCUGCUGGUGAGAAAGCUGUACAUGGACCGGGCCAAGGAUCAGCACGGUUUCGCUUUGAAUCAUUAUGCUGAACUGACAGAAGAUUUCGCUGGGUGAACCCAUGCUUGGUGUUUUGCUUGUCUUCUCUUCGGUUACAACUUUUCAGACUGAAUAUGGAGUGCACGGCUUCAAACAUUGUCUGCUCGUCGCGUGAUGCGUUGGAGGGGGAAAUAACUUUCGGCUCGUUGUGGGAAGAAAACACAAGCCGAGAAGGUGGUAUUUGUCAGAUGAGAAAGUCACUGAGAGCUGACAGCGAGAUGCCGAGCGUGUCACGUGUCGCCCCUGUGACGUCACCCAUAUCCGCGUCGCAGCGCGUGAAUCUGCCCGGUGUUAUGGACGCAGAGGGGAGAGUGGACGAGUCCAGACUGCGGAUGUACAUAUUUAAAAAUGGUGGUGUGUCUCCGGAGGAGCGAGGCCUGGUGUGGCGCUUCUUAUUUGGAAUGUACCCGUGCAGCUCUACGACUCUGGAGCGCACCCUGUUGCUGGAAGAGAUGUCAGUACGUUACCAUGUUCUGAAGAGGAAAUGGCAAUGCCUGAUUCCUGGAGCUGUUCGUUUGCGUCUUAAUGGCACUGAUGCUGAGCUGGUAGCAGCAGUGCAAUAUUUUGAGCAGAGACAGCAGAGAGAAAAAGAAACACAGCAGUACCACUACAAAUCACAAGAGGUCAGGAAACGGAUUUCCUUCUUGGAGCUUCAGGCACAGGUCCUGUUUGAGCGGGUGACUUUUGACCUGGAGGAACUUCAGGAGGCUAUACGCAUCAUUGACAAAGAUGUUCCGAGAACUGAUAGAGGCCUGGCCUACUACACGGAUGAAGGCCUGGGUAAUCUGUUGGUACUGAGAGAUAUCCUGAUCACCUAUGCUGCUUUCCACCCAGAGGUCAGUUAUGCCCAGGGUAUGAAUGAUCUGUGCAGUCGGUUCCUGGAGGUUCUGGACUCAGAGGUGGACACAUACUGGAGCUUUUGCUGUUACAUGGAAAAAUUUUCAAGGGACUUCUGUGCUGAUGGCCUGCACCGCAAAAUUGAAUUGGAGGCGGCUCUGCUAAAGGAGUUGGACCCUCAUCUUCAUGCUCAUCUUGUAACAGACAAUAUGGACCGUCUGACAUUCUGUCACAGGUGGUUGCUGUUGGGUUUCCAGCGUGAGUUUGAGCACAGUGAUGCUCUCCGGCUGUUUGAGAUUCUCAGCUGUGAUCAUCUGGAGCUCAUUUCCCAGCAGGUGGACCGGGCACGCUACCAGGAGAGACUGGCCUACAAACACAACUUUCAGGAUGAGCCGAUGACAGAACCUCAGUCCAUUAACAGAGAGUUCACGUUUGAACUCUUCAUCUGUGCCACCAUUCUGCUGGAAAACAGAGAUUCACUGCUCAGCUGCAGAAAUGAGGUCCAGCUCCUGCAGUUCACAAACAGCCUACAGGGGACGCUGGAUUUGAACAGCAGCCUGAAGAAAGCUGAGGAGCAUUUCUACAACUACUGUAAGCGCAAGGCCAGGGAUUGUCUGAGUGAAUGCUACCAGAGACACAAGAGCAACGAGGAGCCCUUCCUCUACCAGCUGCGCAACCUGUUCUCCUGAGCUAAAGGAGGAUUUUCUGUAUAUUUCAAGAAGAAGACAGUUAAAAAUGACUGACAACUGAAAGGUGGUUUGUUCUGUCAUGUUUGAAUUUCUGGCCCUUUCUGAGGAAUAAGGUGUUAUGUAGUGCACAGAAAUGUUAACAUUGCAUUAAACUGAAUAUUGCUGCUUAAAUAAGUGACUGGUUUUGAAGUGAAGAAGGUGAUCAUUCAGUCUUGGAAUAUUGAGAUGAACUUGUCCUGUUCUUGUUGAAAAUAAUGUAUUCGUAUUGAAAAAUAUGUAUUAGUCUGAUAAAGUGGCCCCUAAUCCCAGUCCUGCCGAGUCUACACAGUAAAAUCCCCAGUAUUAUAUAUAAAAGCAGUGUUCAUUUAACACCGGGGCCUUUGCUGUGCUGUGACUAGCAGAGUUUUGUGCGUUAGAGCGAACAGAACACAAUACACAUUAGGGCACACAAAACAAAAAGACUGAAACUUCAGAUUCAUUAAUCUCCUAGAAUUUAGUUUGGGAACCGCUCAUCUGUUCUCUAUACGUUAUGGUCCAAACAACAAAGGCCUGAUUUGCACAGUUUAAGCACAUAGUAUGUAAAAAAUAUUUUCUUGUUACAAAAUGCAGAGGAAACAUUUACAGUCAUUGAAUAUGUUUGAGGUUUCAGAUACAAGCAGUAUCUAAAUAAAGGUCUUGUUAAAUAAUUAGCUAUUUAAGGUAGUCAGUGAAAUCCAGUUAAUAUUUAGCAUUUGAUAAUUCAAUAUUGAGAUUUUUGUUAUAAAAAUAAUUUGUCAGGUUUUAGAUAGGGGGCUGGAGGUAAUCACACUAACUAACCUGUUUAGAUAACUUUUUUCCUUUUAUUGUAUUUAUUUAUUUUUUGCUAAAAUAGUACAAUGUUAAAUAAAUAUUUUUUAUUAUGAAGUUUAAUAUUGAUUCAAGAAAAUACAUUUUUUAAAAAUCCUACUGCAGGAUUAUGUCCAGGUAAUGUUGUGUUGAGGUUGAAUAGGUGAAAUACAAAUACAAUGGGGGAAAAAAAUAAUAAAUUACUGUCACACAGAG